AUGAUUCUCCAGUUCAUCAACGGUGAACAGCCCGUCAUCGGCGAGGGUGCACAAGAACACCGGCUGCUCCUCCAAAACAUCGUCUUCGCGCCGAAACAUCGCGCCGGCCUCGGCCUCAAGCCCGCGUUCUUCACGUGGUCCGCGCGACACGGCGGCCACUCGCUCCGGUUCUUGCAAGCCGCGCUUACGACGUCCCCGGACCCCGCCUGGUCGUCGCCAAGCAUGGCCGUCAUCGCCAACACCUACGCGCCGUGGGGCAACUUUGCCGACCUCGCCUUUGCUGACCCCACGCUGGCCAGGAUACGGCGCCUGCUCACGUCGUCGGCAGUGCCCGGCCGGUUCCAAUUCAUGCUCAACUACUGA